AUGGAGCCAGUUAUAUCAACAACAAAAGUAGAGUUAAGAUUUAGAUGCAAGAAUUUAAAAAAUUCAGAUACAUUUUCAAAGAAUGAUGCACGUAUUUAUAUGUUUUUAAAGAAUAAGACUUCAGAUUGGGUUUUUUUUGGUAAAACUGAAACAGUUAAAAACAACAAUUCUCCAGAGUUCUCAACUAAAUUCACAGUAGAGUACCAUUUUGAAGAAAUACAAAAGCUUCAAUUUGUCGUUAUAGAUAUCGAUAAAGAAAUAAAGUUAUUAAAAGAUUUAGACAAAUCUGAUGAAAUUGGGGACUAUGAAACAACUUUAAGCAAUAUAUUAUCUCGUCCAGGAAGAAUCAGCAUAGGCAAAUUAAAUAAAAAUGGAGAAGAAACUGGUACCAUUGAAAUUACAGCAGAGGAAAUUUAUCAAACAAAACAAAAUAUAAUUUUACAAUUAGAAGGUAAAAACCUAGAUAAGAAGGAUACAUUUGGAAAAUCUGACCCAUUCUUUAGACUUUAUAAAGCAGGUGCUACCAGUGGUCCACUUAUUGUUUAUGAAAGUGAAACAUUAGAUCCAACAUUCAAACGUAUGAAUUUUAGAUUAGAGGAGGUUUGUGGUGGUGAUUUCUUUAGAGAGUUAACAUUCGAAUUUUAUGACUGGGACAAACAUUCAAAACCAGAUUUAAUUGGUACUUUUAGAACAAAUUUAGAUGAAAUUCUUAGAGGCAAACUUGAAUUCGAACUUAUAAAUCCAAAAAAGAUCGAAAAGAAAGAUUAUAAGAAUUCCGGUACUAUUAAAUUCUUUGAUGCAAGAUUAUGCUCAUCGCCAACAUUUUUAGACUAUAUCAAUGGUGGCUGUCAACUUAAUUUAAUUGUUGCCAUUGACUGUACAAUGUCAAAUAAAGAGCCACACGAAAUAACUUCAUUACACCAUGGCUGUGAAGAAUUCCCAACACAAUAUGGUAAAGCAAUUUCAGCAGUUGGUGGUUUAUUAUCCUCAUAUGAUACUGAUGGUAUGAUUGAUGUUAUUGGUUUUGGGGCCGAUAUUAAAUCAAUUCUUCCACAUGCACAUGAAGAUUGUUUCCCAUUUAGUUUAAGAGAGGAUUCAGAGGUAUAUGGUGUUCAAGGUGUAUUAAAGCUUUAUUAUGAAAACAUAAAGAAAAUUAAAUUAUAUGGUCCAACCCAUUUCGAAAAAAUUAUUGAAUAUGCACAAAAGAAAUCAUCCAAAGGCUUUAGUCAAGAUAAGCAACACUACACAAUUCUUUUGAUUCUUACCGAUGGUGAAAUAUUUGAUAUGGAUAAAACAAUUAACGAACUAAUUAAAUCAUCAAAAGAAUCACCAUUAUCAGUAGUUAUUGUUGGUUUGGGUAAUGAAAACUUUGAAAACAUGAAAAAAUUAAAUGGAGAGUAUGGAAAACUCAAGUCCCAAGGAAAAGAGGCCUCAAGAGAUAUAGUCAGUUUUGUACAAUUCAAUUUAUAUAAAGAUAAUCCAGAGUUAAUUUGUCAUGCCACCCUCAAAGAUUUCCCAUCCCAAUUUUUAUCUUUCUUUGAAAGUAAAAACAUCAUACCAAACCCACCAAGACAAUUUAUUCCUUUAAAUUAA